AGAAUAUUAAUGAAGUUGGAAAAGAGAUUUGUUUGUGUGCUCAUUACAAAGAAUUUUUUGUGUUAUUUGCAGUAUGAAAUCUGGAGGUUGAGAGAGGAUACGAAACUACUGGAGUUAUAAAGCUUAGAAGAGGAGCAAGAGUUCUAAGAUUUUUUGGGAGUGUAUGUAAUGCGCGAACAAAAACCACACAGUAUUUAGUUGCAGUUCGAUAUUUGUUCACAGAAGAUAAAUAGCACUUGAUUUAUUUUUAUAGUAAUUGACGCCAUGGCCUUAUUUUUUCAUUAUAAGAAAAAAGAAAGACGUCUCAUUAGAGCUGGUUUUCUGAUAGCCAUUGUCUUAGUUUUGAUUGAAAAUUUUCAAAAACAAUCAUACUUCAAUGGAUACGUUACAAAUGUUUCUGUAGCUAAAAUAUCCUCAUUUGAAGAAACCCCAAAUUUUACAACAUCUGACAAAAGUGGACGUUUCUUAAAGCGACUUAAAAAGCAAACUAAAAAAUGUGUUCGUUGUUCUUCAUCCUUUUCUUGGAAACGAAUUUCAAACACAAUCAGUGUUUUCUCAUCUUAUUACGAUAAGCGUUUUUUACAAACAGUCCGUUACGGAAAUUUCAAAAGAAGUGUGGUGGUCUUAGGCUACGAAAUGGGCAAACUCGACAAUGCAUUGUUCUGUGGUUUUAUAAUGAAUGGGAACCAAAGAGUCAUAGAAAAAAAACCUGCUUUUGGUGUCAUUUUAGCGGAGUUCUGGAAGUCUAAAGUUGACAGAGCUUUGCUAUUGGCCAUCCAUGAUUGCGUCUACCGCAACAUGUUUUGGACUAAGUAUUUGGUACUUUGUGACUUGGACGAAGUAAUAAUGCCCAAAAAUGGUCUGAAAUGGAAAGAACUGAUGCUCAAAGUAGAGGACAGCAAAAUCGCUCAUUUUACAUUUCAACAUUUGGGUUUCCAUAGGAACGUUAACAAAAAAACUGAAUUUAUACAUUGUCCUGGUAAAACUAAAUUAAAGUACAAGGUUCCACGAUUUUUUGCAACUUAUAACAGAUCAAACAGUGUCCUCGGUGGUAAUCUUCGUGCAAAAUCAAUAGCAAAGCCCCUUUACACUGCUACUUGUCGCGUACAUAUUUGGCGAUGGAUGAUGAAAGGCUAUAGGUCAUACCAAGUACCGACUAAUAUGGCCGUAAUGAGGCAUUACAGGGACAAGGAUAUUGAAAAUUUGAGCACUAACAGCACAAGUUUAGAUUAUGGUAUGAAUGCACUCAAGUCUCAGGUGAUAAAAGCCAUAGAAAGACAAUUUUGCGAGAAUGUAAAACCCUUUUACACGUAAGAGGUAUAUUUUUCGGAAACUCGUAGGUGAAUCAUUUAAUAUUAUUGUCGGAGUAUUGCAAAGUGGUAAAUUUAAACGACUUGCUCUCUGUAAACAAGGCUUGAUCAAUAUAUUAAUAAUCUGAACUCGCCAGUUUCUUUUCAUAACACCUUAUCAAUUUGCAAGAAGAAUAUUAAACAUCGAGCAUAAAAAGUUGUUGUUACUACGAAAGAGAUUCAUAUUUUUUGGCUGGUUGGGUGGAUUUUUUUUGCAAAUUUUAUCUAAAGCUAAAAUAUUUCAAGAAUUAAAGAUAUUCAUAACUUUA